GAACAAGAUUUUGCUCAUCAGCAUUUCCUGGUGUACCUCAAUCCUACCUCCAUCAUGUCGCUGCUGACUCAUGUGCUGGCGUGCCUUUUCGGUAUGGGCUCCUGGGUGGCCAUCAACGGGAUGUGGGUGGAGCUCCCCCUGGUUGUACCAGAAAUCCCAGAGCGUUGGUACCUGCCUUCAUAUCUCACAGUCCUCAUCCAAAUGGCCAACAUAGGACCUCUGUUUAUCACCCUGAUGCAUCGUUUCUGCCCAGGGACACUGGACGAACGACUCGUCAUCUACUUCAUUGUAGCUUUGGGGACUGUUGUUACAUUCCUGCUGGCUUUUUUCUGGAGGCACACAUUGACAGUUGCAGGCUCUCUGCACAGUGUGCCCCUGCUGAUUUUAAGUUUUCUGCUAUCUGUGGUGGACUGCACAUCAUCUGUCACAUUCCUGCCUUUCAUGAUGCGCCUACGUCCACAAUAUCUCACUACGUACUUUGUAGGCGAAGGUCUGAGUGGUCUAGUGCCUGCACUAGUGGCUUUGAUUCAGGGCGUUGGUAUAGUCCACUGUCAAAAUGCCACCUUGGCUGGAAACUCAUCAGCUGAUAAUUCCAGUACUUUGGGCAGUGGUGAACUACAAGCUGUCUACCAGCCGGCCAGAUUCUCUGUCCAGGUUUUCUUCAUUUUCCUCAGUGCUAUGAUGGUCGUGUGCCUGUUAGCCUUUAUUCUUCUCAACCAUCAUCCAGCUGUGGCUCGAGAGAGAAAGAGUGACCAGUACUUCAAUACAGACCUGGAACAGGAGAAAAGAGAACAAGGGUUUUCUCUUCAUGCUCAGACACCAGAGCAGAAGCCAAUGCUCAGCAACAUGAACUCUGUCCAGAAAGAACCCAGGAGUUCAUUUGGAAAGGGGACUUAUAGGAACUUGGAAGUGGUGUUCAUCUUUGUUGUGUUGGCAUGGGUCAAUGCUCUGACAAAUGCAGUGCUGCCUUCAGUGCAGUCUUAUUCCUGUUUGCCCUAUGGGAACAAGGCCUACCAUCUGGCUUCCACCAUGGCUGCAAUUGCUAAUCCCAUUGCCUGCUUCAUUGCCAUGUUCAUGUCUAUAAGGUCUCUUGCCUUUAUGGGGUUUUUGACCAUUUUUGGUACUGGUUUUGGAGCCUACAUCAUGGCCAUGGCUGCUCUGAGUCCUUGCCCAUUGCUGGUCCACACUACCUCAGGGACUUUUGCAAUAGUGCUGGCCUGGGUCCUGUUUGUCCUGUCACUGUCCUAUGUGAAGGUCAUCAUUGGUGUGAUUCUAAGAGAUGAGGGCCACAGCGCCCUCGUUUGGUGUGGGGCUGUAGUGCAGCUGGGCUCCAUGCUUGGUGCUGUAUCCCUGUUUCCAUUGGUCAGUGUUUAUGGACUUUUCCAGUCAGGUGAUGCUUGCAACACCAAGUGUCCAUCAUAGACAACACACGGCACAUGUUGAAGUGCAGCACUGGUGUACAAACUUUAGAAUAAAUUGCACUUCUUUUUGUAGCACUGAGUUCAAUGCA